AUGUCUUUAAAGACAAUAACUUGCUAUUUUCUGAUCUUGGUUAUUGUAGUAAUCUGCGACGCAAAUUAUGAAGACAACAUUCACUUCAAACUGUUUACUAGAAAGCAACAAUCUGAUUCGAAGACGAUAGUCAUCUCCAAAGAGUACAAUAACAUACUACAAAUAGGCUUUGACGUCACCAAAUCUACUAAAGUGAUCGUCCACGGCUUCAAGUCUAGUUCUAAUUUCUUUGCUUUGGUCAGAAUAAAAAACAACUACCUGUCCAAAUAUGACUGCAACGUCAUAAUGGUGGACUGGUCUCAUUAUGCUGAGGGUGAAUAUGUCUCUACUAUUGGACGUUCAAGGAUAAUUGCUGUCUACGUGGCGAGACUCUUUCUCGUAUUAAUAAAACACGGGGUCCAAGAUAUUCAUGCGAUAGGAUUCAGCCUGGGUGCCCAUAUUCCUGCCGUGGCAACUACCUACCUGGGGAACAACAAACUCAAACGCAUCACAGGUUUGGACCCUGCAAAACCAUUCUUGAUGAAUGUAGGAUUGGACGCCAAACUGGAUUCUUCAGAUGCAGAAUUCGUGGACGUCUAUCAUACAGAGUCCUUUAUCCAGGGCAAAGCAGAAGCUUGUGGACAUGUAGACUUCAAGAUGAACUGGGGCGAAAUCCAACCUGGAUGCGGAGAUCUCAAUAUUGGUUGUGCUCAUGAACGAGCUCCAGUAUACUUUGCAGAGUCUAUUAUUUCAGAGAACGGAUUUUGGGGUUAUCCUGAAUAUUUGCAUCGACAGAUUAUCGGAGGAGAAGUUUCAAGAGAAAGCGUUCUGAAACUUGCUGAUGAGUAUGUCGAUAGAAAUGUUAGAGGAUGGUAUGAGGUUCCUACUAAUACGAAUAGUCCUUUUGCUAAAGGACGUAAUUUUUGA